GCCCUUGGCACUGUACGUUGGCAUAGUGAGCGGAGACCUCAGACGAAAGAACGAGAGAAGCAGAAGCUCGAACGGAUUGCCUGCCUGCCGCUUUCUCGACGGUCGCGGACGACGGGCACGGACGAGAAGCAGCACCCAAGCAAAACGUCACUUUCACUCGUCACAUUUCUACUAG